CCGGCAUUAUAAAGAGCGCCACGAGUCGGCAUUGUCAGGCGGCGGCACCGCGCGGGCCCGGGCGAGAUUAUCCGUCUGAGGAUUCUGUUCGGCGUCGCCGGUAGCCGAGGAGAAGGGCGCGCGAUCGCGGAGGCUCCGUCGGUAGACGGGGGAGAGGCCCGGCAGCGCGAGUGUGAGCGCGGCCGAGCCCGCGGCGCCUUCUCGGCGGGUGAGGACAAGCGGGCCCCGCGGCGUCAUCGGCGGCGAGGAGCCGCGUGCCUCAGCCUAACAUGUCGGAAGCGGGUGAAGAGCAGCCCAUGGAGACCACGGGCGCCACCGAGAACGGACACGAGGCCGCCCCCGAAGGCGAGUCGCCGGCCGGGACCGGCACUGGCACCAGCACCAGCACCAGCAGCGGCGCCGCAGCGGGCUCUGGAGGCGGGACCGCGGCGCCCCCGGCCGGCAACCAGAACGGCGCCGAGGGCGACCAGAUCAACGCCAGCAAGAACGAAGAGGACGCGGGAAAAAUGUUCGUUGGUGGCCUGAGCUGGGAUACCAGCAAAAAGGACCUAAAGGAUUAUUUUACCAAAUUUGGAGAGGUCGUUGACUGUACAAUAAAAAUGGAUCCCAACACUGGCCGGUCAAGAGGGUUUGGGUUUAUCCUCUUCAAAGAUGCAGCCAGUGUGGAGAAGGUUCUAGACCAGAAGGAGCACAGGCUGGAUGGCCGUGUCAUUGACCCCAAAAAGGCCAUGGCAAUGAAGAAAGACCCAGUAAAGAAAAUUUUUGUAGGGGGUCUGAAUCCUGAAGCCACAGAGGAGAAGAUCAGGGAGUACUUUGGCGAAUUUGGGGAGAUUGAAGCAAUUGAACUUCCAAUGGAUCCAAAGUCGAACAAAAGACGAGGCUUUGUCUUCAUCACCUUUAAAGAAGAGGAACCUGUGAAGAAAGUUUUGGAGAAAAAGUUUCACACCAUCAGUGGAAGCAAGUGUGAAAUCAAGGUGGCUCAGCCCAAAGAGGUUUAUCAACAGCAGCAGUAUGGCUCUGGGGGCCGUGGGAAUCGCAACCGAGGGAACCGAGGCAGCGGUGGUGGUGGCGGAAGUGGAGGAGGUCAGAGUCAGAGUUGGAAUCAGGGCUACGGCAGCUACUGGAACCAGGGCUACGGCUACCAGCAGGGCUACGGGCCCGGCUAUGGCGGCUACGACUACUCGCCCUAUGGCUAUUACGGCUACGGCCCCGGCUACGACUACAGUCAGGGUAGUACAAAUUACGGGAAGAGCCAGCGACGUGGUGGCCAUCAGAAUAACUACAAGCCAUACUGAGGCUUCGGCAGGAGUACCUGACUGACCGCACACGCUUUGUUUGUUUGGAUAUUGAGUGAACACAAUUAUGUACCAAAUUUAACUUGGCAAACUUUC